AUGCCUGUCAUCUCCCGCCUCGUGUCUAUCAUCCUUCGCGUCGCGGAAAUUGCUUUUGCGGCUGUCGUCGCCGGCAUUAUCGGCCACUACCUCGCCGGCGUCGAUAACUCCAGCAAUGACGUCGACUGGUGGCCCCAGUCUCGAUGGAUCUACACAGAAGUAAUCGCCGGCUUAUCCAUACUACUUGGACUGAUAUGGCUGAUCCCAUUCUCAUCGGGCUUCUUCUCGUGGCCUUUGGACAUCCUCAUCUCAUUCGCCUGGUUCGCUGCUUUUGGUGUCCUCGUCGAUACACUCCGUCACUUGCCUUGCGGCAGUAUCUGGUCUUGGCACUUUAGGGGCCAGCAGAUGUGUGGUCGGUGGAAGGCUGCUGAGGCGUUUAGCUUCCUUUCGGCUAUUAUUUGGUUGGUUUCUGGUAUUGUGGGUAUCUGGUUCACCUUCCGUGUUCGCCCUUCGACCACUGAUGGAACUCGCCGCCGUCGCUGGGGUCGCUCUGCCGUUUAA